GGCGGGAGGGUGUGUGUGCGCGCGUGUGAGCAGGGGUGCCAGCGGGGCUGCAGCGGAGGCACUUUGGAAGAAUGACUCUGGAGUCCAUCAUGGCGUGCUGCCUGAGCGAGGAGGCCAAGGAAGCCCGGAGGAUCAACGACGAGAUCGAGCGGCAGCUCCGCAGGGACAAGCGGGACGCCCGCCGGGAGCUCAAGCUGCUGCUGCUUGGGACUGGAGAGAGUGGCAAGAGCACGUUUAUCAAGCAGAUGAGAAUCAUCCAUGGGUCAGGAUAUUCUGACGAAGAUAAGCGGGGCUUCACCAAGCUGGUAUAUCAGAACAUCUUCACAGCCAUGCAGGCCAUGAUCAGAGCCAUGGACACGCUCAAGAUCCCGUACAAGUACGAGCACAAUAAGGCCCAUGCUCAGUUGGUACGAGAAGUUGAUGUGGAGAAAGUGUCUGCCUUUGAGAGCCCGUAUGUAGAUGCAAUAAAGAGUUUAUGGAAUGACCCUGGAAUCCAGGAGUGCUAUGAUAGGCGACGAGAAUACCAGCUGUCUGACUCCACCAAAUACUAUCUUAAUGACUUGGACCGCGUAGCCGACCCUGCGUAUCUGCCUACUCAACAAGAUGUGCUUAGAGUUCGAGUCCCCACCACAGGGAUCAUCGAAUACCCUUUUGACUUACAAAGUGUCAUUUUCAGAAUGGUGGAUGUAGGGGGCCAGAGGUCAGAGAGAAGAAAAUGGAUACACUGCUUUGAAAAUGUCACCUCUAUCAUGUUUCUAGUAGCACUUAGUGAAUAUGAUCAAGUCCUAGUGGAAUCCGACAAUGAGAACCGAAUGGAGGAAAGCAAAGCACUCUUUAGGACAAUUAUCACAUACCCCUGGUUCCAGAACUCCUCGGUGAUUCUGUUCUUAAACAAGAAGGAUCUUCUAGAGGAGAAAAUUAUGUAUUCCCACCUCGUUGACUACUUCCCAGAGUAUGACGGACCCCAGAGAGAUGCCCAGGCAGCUCGAGAAUUCAUCCUGAAGAUGUUUGUAGACCUGAACCCAGACAGUGACAAAAUCAUCUACUCCCACUUCACCUGCGCCACAGACACCGAGAACAUCCGCUUUGUGUUUGCUGCCGUCAAGGACACCAUCCUCCAGUUGAAUCUGAAGGAGUACAAUCUGGUGUAACCGUGCCUCCUAGACCCCGCCCUGCCCUUGCCCGGCGGGCUAGUGAAGAGAUACAAGAGGGACUGUGUCUCUGUGGAAAACAAUUCGCAUAAUACUAAUUUAUUGCUGUCUGGUCUCUGUGCGAGCUUGUCCACAGAGUUUGUAGUAAAUAUUAUGAUUUUAUUUAAACUCUUCUUGAGGAAAAACAGAGGAUGCUGAAGUACAGUCCCAGCACAUUUCCUCUCUACCUUUUUUUUUUUUUAGGCAAAACCUUGUGACUCAGUAUAUUUCAAAUUCUCAGUCAUGCACUCACAGACAAGAGUGGUUUCUCUCUCUCUUUUUCUCUCAUGUUUCUUUUCUAUUGAGCAAAACAAAGCCAACUUCCCUUUUCCCUCCCAUUCCAUUCCCCC